AUGCUGCUGGGACGUGAGCACGGGUGGCUCGUGGAGUAUGCUCCGUUGCUGAUCCUCGUUGGCGUGGUCUUCGUGUACUAUGCCUUGAUGACUGCACUCAUCUUGUGCAUGCGGCGGAUCAGGCGCACGAAGCGAACUCCAUUGGUUAUCACUCCGCGGCAGCGGCUGUUGAUUUUGCUGAACAGAUGGCAGGUGUUGGAGCGUAUCGAUGUCAUGCAAACUGUGCUUUCGCUGGUCUUGUGCAGUCUUUAUGUCGUAGAGACGUAUGGUAUUGACGGAAAUUGGUUCUCCAUGCUGGAACGCAUAGUCAAUGCGUUUUUUGGAGUUGAUUACAUUUUCCAGUUCUACAUCAGCAGGAACAAGCUCGAGUUUCUUUACUCGCUCAUGGCAUUUGUCGAUGUUGUGACCCUUGCACCCUUCCUGGUGUUCAACCAAGUUUUCAGCAUCGACCACGACACUUCCGUGGUCCUGCGUGUGGUGCGCAUCACCAAGCUCUUCCGGAUUUUGCGAUCCUUCCGCUUUUUGCGAAAUCGACCCGAGGAUGUCAGCCGCGAGGUCGCCAUGCUCGCUUUUGGCCUCUUCUGCUUGAUUUUUACUGCGGCCGGCUUCUAUCAGCUCGUUGAGAACGACAUGAAGGUCUUGCCAGAACAAGCUUCUAGCGUACCCUUCCACGAGGCUUUCUAUUUCACGACCAUCGAAAUCCUGGGGCGACCUCGAAUUGAGCCUGAGAGCCCGGGAGGACACCUUCUGCUGAUCUUGGUGGUGACCGUGGCCUUCAUCAUCAUCCCCUGGCAGGCGGCAUCGAUUUUGAAGGCUCUCCAGCGAGAUCCGUGGGCCCGAAGAACAAGGUAUAAGCGCAUGAGCGAUGCGCACAUUGUGAUUAUGGGCCACAUAGAAUUCCCCGUGCUCAACCUCCUCCUGUACGAGGCAUAUCACCCCGAUCGUGGGCCCGCACGGCCUUGCGACAUCGUGAUCCUGUCGCCCAACGAAGCGGAUCACCAGGUUUUGGAUUUACUGGGUCACCCUGCAUACACCGGGCACGUGCAAUAUAUCCAGGGCUCUUCGCAAGUGGAGAAGGACCUCUUCAGAGCCAAGGUCCACGAAGCAAUGGCGGUCCUGGUCUUGGCCUGCAAAUAUCCCCAGGACCCGCAGUGGGAAGACACGCAGGUUGCAUCCAUCGUGCUAGCCUGCAAGGCCUUCAAGAACGCGCAGCUGCACCGACAGAAGACGUUCGAAGGCCGGCGAAGACUUCGACUGUUGGCGCAGGUACUGUCUGCAGAGACCCGGGACCGCAUCGUGAACAUGCCUGGCUGGGACAGGCUCCAUGACCUUUGCCUUGUGAUCGGGGAGCUGACCGCGGCGAUGGUAGCUGGAUCGGCACUUCACCGGGGUCUUUCGACGAUGGUUCUAAACCUGGUGAGCCACACCACCAGCCACGCCUACGACACAAACACAGAGCAAUGGUUCGACCUUUACCACAAAGGCUCCCGCCAGGAGAUAUACCAUUGCAGCAUCACGUCCAAGAGUGGCAUCCACGGUCUCAAUCUCGUGGAAGCUGCUUACCACCUCUACGAGAACCACGGUAUCUUGCUCAUCGCCGUGAAGCGUCAGUCUCGUGGGGGUGCCGAAACACCAGGCAGCACCUUCUCCAAGCACAGGAAACACCGGCUGCUCCUCUUCCCGAGCGGACAGGACACAAUCCUCCAGGACGGCGACCGUGUCUACGUCAUUGCAGGCAGCCUUCCUGAGGCGGUGGUCGCCAUUAAGAGGGGCCGGAGCCCAGAAAGGCCCAUGCUGCGACCCUCUGCCGCUGGCCGCAGCAGCAAGGGCGAGGACUCUCGCGAGACCGGGCAGGCCGCCACCCUUGUCAGGAAGGGCGACGGCGAGCAGCACACCUGGGAGGAAGACAGCAACCCAGACUUCCUUUCACGACUGAAGGCACGUUCCGAGCACUGGACCAUGUCAGGCGGGCUCUCGACUCGCCUGCGGAGCUAUUGGUGGAAGCUGAGGUGGCCUGGGGAGUUUUAUGAUGCAAAGGACGAACAGGCCGGAAUUGGGAGCUUUGAUCUGGACAGCAGCCCAGUGAAGCUCCACAAUAUGAAGCUCUCCAAGGGCUUCAAUUUCAGGGAGCUCGAACGGAUCCAGAGCGAGGAGACUUCCGCGGCUGCAUCUCGCACGGAGGAAAAGUUUGAGCGGGUGCUGAGUCUUCACAGCCAGAGCUUCGGCCGUGUGGCCUCCUGGCCGUCGGAGCGCUCCUUCAGCCCGCCGGUGCAACAUCAAAGGACCAACACCAAGGCCAUGGACAUCCAGGCGCUGCGCUUGCAGCGGCUGGCAUCACUGCUGUUGGACUACGGUGGGGAUCUGCGGGAAUUGGAGAAGGAUCUGGCUUCGCUGGGUGUCCGUCGGGAGUUCCAACCCCAAUCUCUUGGAGAGCCGCAGGAGCACAUGACCAAGAUGCUGAGCUCCUCUUUCAAGGACAUGGGGCUUCAAUCAGCCGCAGAUUACCUCAAUGAAAUCCGGGGGCACAUCGUCAUUUUCGGGGGUGACGAGAAAUCCAUUGCUCUCACUGUGCAAAUGCUGCUCGUCCGGGACCCUGUGACAGAGAUCGUCGUAUUGAGCAUGGCAUCCCAUGAGGAGCGGAGCCCCGAGAUCUGGCAACACAUUUCGCUGGACACAGUUUACUUUGCCAAGGAGCUCGUGCACAAUCAAAGGGAUUUGCGCGGCGCCCACCUGGAGCGUGCAAAGGCCGUGGUGAUCCUACCCAAGAUUGACAAGGAUGUCGCUAAGGCACCAGUGCAGGGUUGGGAGCUCCGCCGUAUGGUAGACUCGGACACCAUUCUGACAACCAACAUCAUCGCCACGAGGAAGUUUAUCCCCGGCGACGAAUUACGAGAUGUUUGGACGGUGACACAGAUGUUCCAGGAGGGCUCCCUGAACCGCUUCUUCGGCAUGAACCCUGAGGCGCAGGGUGCCACCUCCCUCUUUGAGGAUCGUUGGAUGGCAUCGGCACCACUGAACAUGUCGCCACUGUUCGCAGCCGGGCACAUCAUCGCAACGACGACUGUCGACCGGUUCUUGAUGGAGAGCUUCUUCAACCCGGACGCCAUGAUCAUCGUUGAGCGCCUCUUCGGCCUUGCAGGUCUCACUGUGGGCUCCAAGGUGCAUCAUGGGCUCGGCAGCCCCAGCUUGGCCAACCAGCCCUGUGUUUUCCAAAUGCCUGCAACUGCAAAGAUGAUUUCCUCCUGCAGAAGCUUUGGGGAAGCGGCGAACAUGCUCAUCUCGCAUAGUCAGCCCAUGCUUCCCUUGGGUAUCUUCCGCUAUCCCAACGGGCAUCGGUCUUCGUAUUCUAUGUUGGUGAGCCUGGAGGCAGCACAGGAACUGGACUUCCGAUCCCCAUACUAUGGAGUUAGCCAGUCCUUCGUAGGGGAUGACCAAGGGGACCAGAUGUCAAACCGCCUGCCUUUCGUGAUCACGAACCCUCCUAAAGACCUGGUCCUGCUGCCCACGGACAUGCUCUUCGUGCUCGGGCGCCCGCUCCCAGACGAGGCAGUGCCGUCUGACCAGCUUGGACGCGAUGAGGUGAUCAUGCCCAUUGCGUCGGAGGAUGAAGGAGAAGAGGUCGUGUCCAGCCUUUGA